AAAAAAAAAAAAAAUCAUAAACCGAAAAAACUGUACAUCUUUUUUCUCUUUCUAUCCAAAAAUGUCAAAGUUGUAUAUCAGUUAUAACCAAAUCCAUAACUCAAUUCGUGACUCUGUCGAGCGUUACCAUAUCAAUGAAGAGUUCAAGCCUGAUCUUAUGAUUGCUAUUGGUGGUGGUGGAUUCAUCCCUGCCCGUAUGCUCCGUACAUUUUUGAAGAAGACCGAGCGUGGUAACAUUCCUAUUCAAGCUAUCGGUCUUUCUUUAUACGAAGAACUCGAGAAUGCUAACGGUGAAGAGAAGCCCGGUACUCAAGUCCAAAAGACUCAAUGGCUCAACUUUGGUGCUUCUCACUCCGAGAUUUCUCUUUUAGGUCGUCGUAUCUUGAUUGUCGAUGAAGUAGAUGACACCCGUACUACACUUGCUUUUGCUGUGGAAGAACUCCAAAAGGAUAUUGAAGCCGAGGAAAUUCGUAAGGGUAUGAAACCCGGAGAGUCAAACACCACACUCGGUGUCUUUGUUCUUCACAACAAACUCAAGGAGAAGAAGCGUGAAUUACCAGAGGAAAUCAUGAAGAACUAUUUCGCUGCUGUCGAGAUGCCCGAUCAAUGGUUGGUUUACCCUUGGGAUGCCACCGAUAUCGAUUCUCAUACCGAGUUAGCAAAGAAGGAUUAAAAUCAUCUUAUACGUAUCCCCCCUUUUAUCACACCACCUUUCCAUCCUUUACAUGUAUUCAUAGACCUAAUUUUAGACCCCAGUAAACCCUCACCAAAAAAAAAAAAUAGAAAGAUAUAUAGGCACUCAUUUUUGUCUUUCUACCCUCUAUAUCAUAAUAAAAAAAUAGAAUUUGCAUAUUUUAUAGACUC